AUGAUAUUCCAGUCGCAGAAUCCACCCAUUGAUCUACCCCCUCAGGUAUCAUUGUGGUCCUGGCUCUUCGAUUCAGACAACAAUGUUUCCAAGCUUUCACGGGGCAAGAUUCAAGGAUUUACAGAUGUUGACACAAAACAACACGUGAGCUUUCAGGAUCUGAAGCGAUAUACCACAUACCUCUCAACUGCCUUGGUAACAUCGUACGGUUUGCGCCCAGGCGAUGUGGCCAUCGUCUAUGGCAGUAACUCAGUUUGGUACCCGGUUGCCAUGCUCUCCCUUGUCCGCGUCGGCGCCAUUGCCAGCGGCGUAUCCCCGGACUACACUGUUGAAGAACUUUCCUUCAGUCUGCGCUUGAGCAAAGCCAAGUUUGUCCUGACAAUGGCCGCAGUGGCUGAUAAGGCGAACGCAGCUGCGGCUACCUGCGGAAUCCCAGAGAGCAACGUGAUCAUUAUCGACGCUGAGAAGUCUGGCACGACAAAUGUCCCAGCGUUGCUGCGACUCGGAGAAUCCAAGGGAGAAUUGGCACAAGAAAAGCCAUACCAGAUUCCUCAGGGUCAAUCAAAUGCCGAUGUAUGUGCCUACCUCUGCUUUAGCAGUGGCACAACCGGUCUUCCAAAGGCUGUCAUGAUAUCUCACGCCAACGUCAUCGCCCAAUGUCUUCAAAUUCAGCAAAUCACGCCCCCGGACCACGACAAGAUUCUCGCCGCCUUACCAUUUUACCACAUUACUGGCAUCGUACAUCAGCUUCACCUUCCAAUCUUACUCAAUGCCCACGUAUAUGUACUGCGGAACUUCACCCUCGAUAAGUUACUCAAAACAGUGGCAGAUCACAAGCUUAAGGAAGUCUUGAUAGUACCACCUAUUCUGAUUCGGAUGGUGCAAGAUGGCAAAACUGUAUCAAAAUACGACCUGUCACAUGUGAAGCGCUUCUCCUCUGGAGCUGCUCCGCUUCCUCGGGAGAUCUUGACACUGUUGGAAAAGAAGUUUCCGGGGACUGGCUUUAAACAAGGAUAUGGAAUGACAGAGUCUUGCUCAGCUAUAACAUCCCACCCGCCGACGAUGUAUGACUACAAGUAUGCCGACAGGGUUGGGACGAUUGUCGGGUCAACUGAGGUAAAGAUUGUUCACCCUGAGACGGGAGCAAGCUGCGGGAUUGAGGAGGAGGGUGAAAUUUGGGCGCGUGGGCCACAGGUCGCAAUGGGCUACCUGGAAAACCCAAAGGCAACCUCUGAGACUUUCGACAAGGAUGGAUUCUUGCAUACUGGGGACAUUGGGAAAUUCGACAAUGAGGGCAUGCUGUCUAUCACCGACAGAAUGAAGGAAAUGAUCAAGGUCAAGGGAAUAGGCGUUGCACCAGCCGAGCUGGAAAACCUCCUUCUCGGCCACCCAUCCGUCAGCGAUGCAGCCGUCUGCGGAAUUCCUGAUGAUCGCGCUGGUGAAAGACCAAAGGCGUACGUCGUUCUUAAACCCUCAAGCGUAUCUCCCGAGGAAGCAGGACUGGCUUUGAUCAAUUUCACCAAGUCUAAGAAGGCAAGACACAAGUGGAUCGUCGAAGUUGAAAUUGUCAAGGAGAUUCCCAAAAGUGCGUCUGGGAAGAUCCUUCGACGAAAGCUGCGAGUAUCAUCUUCCGAAGGGAAUGUCAUUGUACGGGGAACUUCGUUUAAGCCGAGGCUUUAG